UAUUGUCCACAUACUACAUGUUGACGGGGCGAGCUUGAUGCUGAAAGACCGAGACAGACAAGCACUGACAAGAUGAUGCUGUCUCGGUUCGUCUGUCCGAGACAGCCUCUCGCUCGGUCCGUGCUGCUGCGCGCUCGGUCGUACUCAGAUCGACCUGGAAAAUUCAACAUUCUCUUUUGUGGAACAGACGAUUUUUCAGUAGCGUCGUUGAAAGCUGUUCUGGCGGAGAAGGACCUCUGGAACCAAGUUCACAUCGUGACUCCGCCAGAACAGAAGCAUGGUAGACGAGGCUCGCAAAUCUUCGUCCCACCAUUGAUGACGUUCGCCAAAGAGAACGGCCUCCCAUCGUCUAUCUACACGAAACCUGAAACCUCUCAGAAUACCGACCUGUCCCGCGGUAAAUUGCGCGGAUUUACUCUCCGUCAAGACUUGUUGAACAGUAAGAAAUCCAGCGGGUCUUUUCUCCGUCAAGACCGGUUGAACAGUAAUACAUCCAGUCCAUCAUCAUUCUCAGAGCCAGAAGCAGAGCCAACUGAAUCUUCAUCACCCUCAGCAUCCCCAAGCACAUCGGAAUAUUUCUCCGCCCUGCCUUCAUGGUGCCUAUCUCCUCAUGCCAACAACCUCAUCAUCACCUCUUCGUUCGGGCACAUCCUACCCGACAGUUUCCUUCGACCAUUCCCUACAAAACAUCGCCUGAAUGUCCAUCCAUCCCUCUUACCGAAAUACAGAGGAGCCGCACCAAUCCAAUGGGCAAUCGCGAACGGCGAUAGGGAGACUGGUGUCACGGUGCAAUCAUUAGCGGAAAGGAUGCAGGGUGUAGAUACGGGCGAGAUCCUUGGUCAGGUCAAAGACAUUCCUAUCGCGAUGAAUGCGAAGUAUCAGGAUAUGUACGAUACGUUGGCCGUAGAGGGUGGACGUGUUCUCGCCGACGUUUUGCGAGACAUACAUGAGAACAAGGAAACGCGGAUACCUCAGAGCGAGAUUGACAUCGAAGAGGAUGGUCAGACACCGCCACGCUUCGCUCCAAAGGUCACGCCCGAAAUGGCUCGCAUCACUUGGCGAUCGCAAAGCGCAUUGACUAUUGAUAGGCUGCACCGAGGUAUAGGUCACCAAUUCCCUGUCUGGGGCUCGCAUGAAGGUAUUCGAAUACAAUUCUUGGACCCAGUUUGUAUUCCCCUGGAAUCCGUCCCGUUAGCCCUGCGGAAACAUCCUCGACGACAAGAUUACAAUCCUGGAAAAGCAUGGCUAGAUCUUUCCCCAUCGUCAAAUGGAUCUCGGAUGAUCAUAGCGUGUGUUUCCCACGGGAUCGAUUUGUAUACCAACCCGUGGAUCACGACCAGAGCACAGGGAAACAGCUGAGACUUUUGGAACGGUCUAAAACAAUGGGAGAGGACUCGAAACUCGAUGAAGUUUAAGCACGUAAGUAACGUUAGAGAUCCGUUCAUCAGCAUUCGAGAUGUAAACGGGAGAUUGCCGGAUUUAAAUGCGCCAAUACCACAGGCGAAGGUGUCUACGCGUCUUCCCAGCGGGAAGUGGUAUACUGGUGGUAGGAUUCUUGAAGAAGAAAGGCAUUUUGACAGGCGUGGCUGGUUAGCGUAGUGUAAUCAUAAGCAUUGUACAAUAUCUAG